AUGGCCGACGUUGUCGUUAAUGUUCUCUUACAGCAAUUACCGCUACUAAUAGAAGGAGCAACUUUCCCAUCUGGAGUGGAAAAUGAAGUCAAGUCAUUUCAAAGGGAGCUCGAGAGGAUAAAUAUCUUCCUCGAGAACUCCAAAGGGAAAGGCAACGAGCAUGAAAAUGUUAAGGCAUUAAUUAGGCAUAUCACGGAAGUUGCUUACGAGGCUGAGGAUAUUAUCGACACAUUCAUCCUCAAAAUCGAAGAACAAAGGAAGAGGAAUUUCGCGGGAAAGAUAAUCAAUAGCAUUGCGCACGCAAUAAUGCUUCACAAUGUUGCAAAGAAGAUAGAAUGCCUCAACAAAGAGAUCAACAAAAUCUACGAUGAUAUAGAAAAGUACGGCAUUGAAAGAACUGAAGCAAGGGUAGACGCAGAAGCAGAGAAGGCACUGCACAAACGUAGGACAUGCGUCGAGGAAGAUGACGUGGUUGGCUUUGUUCAUGGCUCUGAUACAUUGGUGAAUCAGCUUACUGAUGAAACCCAGAAUUCAAAGCUUGAUGUCAUUUCAAUCAUUGGCAUGGGUGGGUUGGGAAAAACUACUCUUGCCAAAAAAAUCUACAAUAAUGAUCGCGUCAAGAGCCACUUUCAUUGCCUUGUAUGGGUGUAUGUAUCUGAAGAUUUCAAAAUCAAAGAGUUAUUGAUUGAAAUUUUAAAAUUUCAGAUGCCAAUAUCAGAUCUAGAUGAGUUGACAUCAAAAGUCAAAGGGAUGAGUGACGAAGAGGCAAAAGAGUUCCUAGUAGAAGAGUUGCUCAAAUGCUUGCAAGGGAAGAGGUACCUAGUAGUCAUGGACGACAUCUGGAAACCCCAAGUCUGGAAUGAGGUAAAAGAUGCUUUCCCUGAUAACUCCAAUGGAAGCCGAAUAUUAAUCACUAGCCGCAUAACAGAAGUGGCCUUACAUGCAAGUCUUACUCCUCCUUACUUUCUCCAAUUUCUUAACAAAGAUGAAAGCUGGGAACUCUUUUGUAAAAAAGUAUUUCGAGGAGGAGAAUGUCCUCCUGAGCUAGAAAAUUUGGGAAAUCAAAUUGCAGAAGGUUGCCGUGGGUUGCCACUUUCAAUUGUGGUAUUGGGGGGUCUUUUAGCAAACAAAGAGAAGACACAUCGAACAUGGUCAAAAGUGAUUGCCGAUGUAAAUUGGUAUCUUACUGAAUGCAGAGACAUUCUAGCCUUAAGCUACACCUACCUACCACGGCGCUUGAAACCAUGCUUCUUGUAUAUUGGUGCAUUCCCAGAAGAUUUUGAAAUCACUGUAAAUGAACUGAUCAAACUAUGGAUAGCUGAGGGAUUCAUACAACACACUGGCAGACGAAACAUUGAAGAUGUUGCUGAUGACUACUUAGAGGAGCUUAUUGAUCGAAAUUUGAUCCAAGUGGCUACUAGGAGGUCAGAUGAAGGAGUGAAGACAUGUCGUAUUCAUGAUCUUUUGCGAGACCUAUGCAUAAUCAAGAGCACGGAAGAAAAGUUUCUUUAUGUACAUAGAGAUGAUAACUCAUCCUGGAACACCUCUCGCAGACAUUCCAUCCAGGGUAGAAUUCUUCAUCAAUUCAUUUCUUCAAACAAUUCUGGCACUUCAUAUGUUCAUUCUUUUUUGUCCUUUGGAUUUGAAUUGAGGUGGAAGUUUGAGGAAAUCCACUGGAAGUGGGUCCACAAUAACUUGAAAAUGCUUCGUGUGCUUCAUUUGGACCUAUGUACCCAUUGCGUUCCAGAAGAGAUUGGAACAUUGAUCCAUUUGAGGUACUUGAAUAUAUUAUGUGUGUCUAUUCCAGAUUCUAUUGGCAACCUGAAGAAUCUAGAAACACUUGCCAUAUGCACAGGUGAAAUGGGUGGAGUAUUUUUGCCGGACUCGAUAAUAAAGCUGACGCGUUUAAGGAACUUGCAGGGGCAUUUGGUUUUACCUGAUCAUUUCCCCAGGAACUUGAAGGGGCAUUUGGUUUUACCUGAUAAUUUCACCUUGGUCACAGCUUGGUCAAGCCUCCAAGUCCUUUCCAAUAUUAAAAUGAACUCACAAAUUGUGCAUUUCAUUGUCGAGGGCAAGCUUCCUAAUUUAAGGAAAUUAGGGCUAGUAUAUGGUUUGGAAGAUGAGUGGUUAGAAAGAAUUGAUUUUAAAGCUACUUUCCCAAGCGUCCACCACUUAAGUCAUCUCCAAACAUUGAGCAUUUCAGGUAUUCAAUACAAGGUUAGGCUUCCUAAUUCAAUUCCAGAGACAAUCACCAAGAUAAGCUUAAAGUGGGUGUCGUUGGAUAACAAUAGCAUGGAAGUGUUGGGAAAACUUCCUAAACUUUUAAUACUAAAACUAUGUGGUUGCCUUCCUUCUAGAGAUCUUCACUUCCAUGCACAUUCGUUUCCUCAACUCCUAUUCCUAAAGUUGUAUGGCGAGGACUUGGGAAACUGGAUACAGGAUGAAGGUGCAAUGGCAAGCCUAAGGCAUUUGGUUUUCAAGAACUGCCAUAUAAUUACCAUCCACUCUUCUAACUUACGGAAAUCAACUGCCUUGCGAGAGGUGGAGGUCUUAGAUUGCGACUCUGAUUUGACAAACAUGUUUAAGAGAUUGCAGAUGGAGCUUGGUUUUAAGCUACACAUUGGUCUUAGGUAUUUAUGA